AGCUGUGCCAGCCAAUGGGUUGGAGGGACAGGAACGGAUGAAGUUGGUGGGCGGGGAAUAAAUGAAGCAUCUUUUUUUCUCCUCCGCUUAGAGGCGACGGUGCGGCGGUGCGGCCAGGGUCACAGGAAUUAUCCAGCCUGCCUGCACUGUUAGAUGAAGAGAAAACAGUGAUUUAAACAAAGUGCCAACAAGGGAUUGUCCCUGGUUUUUGUACUUUUUAAGCAUUCAUCAAAUUCUUUUCACAUCUUCUCUUAACUGUAGAAACUGCAUUUAAGUUAGAAAGAUGAAGCAAUUGAAAAGAAAAAGGAAAAGCAAUUUCAGCGUUCAAGAAACACAGACCCUUUUGAAAGAAAUUACAAAAAGGAAAGAAGUUAUUUUUUCCAAGCAGCUAAAUACAACAAUUAAUGUGAUGAAGCGAAUGGCUUGGGAAGAGAUUGCGCAGUGCGUGAAUGCUGUAGGAGAAGGAGAGCAGAGGACGGGGACGGAGGUGAAAAGACGGUACCUGGACUGGCGAGCACUUAUGAAGAGAAAGAGAAUGAAGGCAAACAUUAAGCUAGUUGGUUCUGGCUUUCCUCUCCCCACAUCCGAUUUAGAUGACUCUCUCACUGAAGAGAUAGAUGAAAAGAUUGGAUUCCGAAAUGAUGCAAAUUUUGAUUGGCAGAAUGUGGCAGAUUUCAGGGAUGCAGGUGGAUCCUUAACUGAGGUCAAAGUGGAAGAGGAGGAAAGGGACCCACAGAGUCCUGAAUUUGAGAUUGAAGAGGAAGAAGAAAUGUUGUCAUCCGUCAUACCAGAUUCCAGGAGGGAAAAUGAACUUCCUGAUUUCCCUCACAUUGAUGAGUUUUUUACCCUUAACUCAACACCAUCUAGAUCGUAUGAUGAGCCCCAUUUGCUUGUAAACAUAGAGAAACAGAAACUAGAGUUGGAAAAACGACGACUGGAUAUUGAGGCUGAAAGACUGCAGGUAGAGAAGGAACGCCUACAGAUUGAGAAGGAGAGGCUGCGGCAUUUAGACAUGGAGCACGAGCGACUUCAGCUGGAGAAGGAGCGGCUGCAGAUUGAAAGAGAGAAAUUGAGGUUACAGAUAGUCAAUUCAGAGAAACCAUCCUUGGAAAGUGAACUUGGCCCAGCAGAAAAGUCCGUGCUUCAACCACAGGACAUAGAAACGGAGAAGUUAAAACUUGAGCGAGAACGCUUGCAAUUGGAAAAAGAUAGGCUGCAGUUUUUGAAGUUUGAAUCCGAGAAGCUGCAGAUUGAAAAGGAACGCUUACAAGUAGAGAAAGAGAGACUUCGAAUUCAGAAGGAAGGACACUUGCAGUGAAUAUUCUAGGUCUUCGUUUAGCAAAUGUUUGUAAAUCUUAGAUUUUUCUCUGUAUCCAAUAAUAUCAAGGUGAUUGUGGGUUUUUCUCUAUAUCCAAUAAUAUCCAGAUGAUUGCGGGAUUAGUUUUUUUUUUUCCCCUGUAUAAUGUCAGUGUUUUCAAUAGGAAAAAGAUGAUUGUAUGUGAGUAAUGAAUGCCUAAGUAGCAUAUGUAAAAACUAUAUGUGCCCUAGCAUAAACUUUAUAGCAGAAACUAUUGUGCUGUACUCUUAGUAACAUCACAUAGCCUUGUAUAAUCUGUGCAGAGUUUACAAUUACGUUAAUCUAAAAUUCUAGUCCAGUGGUUCUCAACUGGGGGUGGUUUUGCUCCCUAGGAGACAUUUGGCAGUGUAUAGAGACAUUGUCACAAUUGGGAGGGGAGCUGUUAACUACCAUUUAAUGGAUAAAGAAUUAGCUAAUCCAAAGUGUCCAUAGUGCUGAGGUUGAGAAACCAAAUCCUAACUAGAAUGUGCAUCUCUAAAGCUUUGUUUUACAGUGUCAGAAUAUUUAAAACCUAAGAUAUUUAUGUGGGUAGGUACUUAAAUAGCCAAAAACUUGAACUAUGAAACAUUACUUUGUAGAAUAUUGAAUAUAGAAAGUGAUGAAGAUUAUACAUAUUUUAUUCCCUUGUGUCCAUCUAUGAAUAGCCUUCUGAGAUUCAGAAAACAAUACUGGGAAUAUCAGAGAUUGUCCUACAGUGAGACACUUUGAAAACAAGUUUAUUCAUCUAGCUAUUGAUGGUUUGUAAGCAAAACAUAGUUUUAAAGCUUUAGGUCCUUUGAAUCCAUUGUCUUAUUUCUGAUUAAAAAAAAAAAAAUUGUCAGUUCAACCAUGUUCUAAAAUCUCAAGCACUGAGUGGUUGAAGCUGUUAAAAAUUGAACCAGUGUAAAAAAUGGGGAAACCCUGGUGGCGUAGUGGUUAAGUGCUACGGCCGCUAACCAAGAGGUUGGCAGUUCGAAUCCACCAGGCGCUCCUUGGAAACUCUAUCGGGCAGUUCUACACUCUCCUAUGGGGUCACUAUGAGUUGAAAGUGACACCAGUGGGUUUUGUUUUUUUUGGUAAAAAACAGUACCAGCAGUCUAUGAGUUUGAACCCAGCGAGUUAUUGUCUGACUUUUAAAAUGAAUAAUAGCUAUUUGGGAGUUGGGGGAGGAGAGAAUUUCUUCUGCAUCAAAUGAUGGUGAAAUAAUGGUUGUCGUUGUGCAUUUUGGGUUGGCAGGAGCACUUAUCACACAGUGACCCAAUCUGUAGAACAGUUCUUGAGAGUAGUACCUAUUAUUCUUCAUUGCGAGGCCCAGAGAAGUAACCUCAUGUCAUUGUAGUAUAUUUUGUAUUCGCCCUUCCCUAAGGAACAAAGAUUGUAAUGUUCAGUCCCGUUGUUACUUACUCUGAGAAACCAAGGCUUGCUUAGCCUGGUGAUGUGCCUUCAGUCCUCUGAAGGUGCUUUUUCCACAAUCAAGUUAUGAUUUAGUUCUCUGGAGAUGGUGGAUAAGCCACCCUAGAGUUAAUACAUUCUCAUCCUAAACCUGAGAGUGAGGUCUUUCAUUAUUUCCAUAACUUUUGUGACCAUGAAAUUCACUGAAAAAAGAGAAAAGGAAUAGAAGUAUUUUCAUUAGAUGGUCGUCUUCAAAGUGUGGUUUCCCAUACCAGCAGCAUCAGCUUCACCUGGGAACUUGCUCAGCAAUAGAAGUUCUUAGAUCCCCUUCCAGAUCUAUUGAAUCACAUUAGAGUCAGGUCCCAGCAAUUUUUUUUAACAAACCAUCAAGGUGAUUCUGAUGCACACUAAAGUUUGAGAAUUUCUGCACUAUAUCACUUUGUGUUUUCUGAUUUCUGGGCCUGAUACAUAGCUUUAAGGCAUUUCUUACAUUGAUAGGCACUACCUUGAUCCUGUGUUGGUUCUUUUUUAAUUAAAGAAUAGCUUGAAACCAUAUGUGGUAUUUGAAUAGGGGUAGACAAGGAAAAAAUUUACUUCUCUGUAGUUACCCUGACUUUGAAAUAGUGUUAUUUUUUUAUAACUGAAAUAAAUGCUUCUACUGUAGAAAUAAAUUUGCCUAAACCAUCUGAAA